GACUUUAAGCAUAAUUUGACUUUUUGCUAGUUUACAGAGUCAUAUCUCGGAGUCCACCUCUCUGCUGUUUUGGAUAUUCAGUGAAUGACGUUAUCUUUUGGGUAUUAAUGGGGUUGUAUAUGAUAGCUCGGGGAGAUUUUGGGUUGUCAACGUUUUAUGGGUUUAAUUUCCCCGUUAGGAUUUCAUCAUGAACGAGGGAGAAGUGGGAAGUAAAGGAUAUGCCCCCCUCUUUGAAACGAGGCCAGCAACAGGACACCUACUGUUUAAAUUGUUUUCAGCUUCAAUCUUCAUAGGCAUAUGCUUCAUUUGGGUUUAUAGAGUAAGUUACUUUCCUUCUGUGGAAGCAAAAGCUGAGAGAUGGGGUUGGAUUGGAUUGUUUCUUGCUGAACUUUGGUUUAGCUUUUACUGGUUACUCACUCUUGUCCGCAGAUGGAACCCUGUCUUUCGUUACACUUUCAAAGACAGGCUCUUUUCCUGGUACAAUCAGGAAGCUUUGCCUGGUGUAGACAUUUUUGUUUGCACAGCUGAUCCUGGAAUAGAGCCACCAAUUAUGGCGAUAAACACAGUCUUAUCAGUUAUGGCUUACGACUACCCACCUGAGAAGCUAAGUGUUUACCUCUCUGAUGAUGGUUGCUCAGAUUUAACGUUCUAUGCUUUGUUGGAGGCUGCACGUUUCUCCAAGAUAUGGCUGCCGUUCUGCAGGAAGCUCAAAGUAGAGCCUAGAUCGCCCGAGGCUUAUUUCAGGAACACUGCUGAACCAGCUGAUGAUUCUCUCAUGGCCAAAGAUUGGUUGUCCAUCAAGAAAUCAUUUGAAGACUUGAAGAUAGGAAUUGAAACCAUCACAAAGUUGGGUAGAAUUCCAGCUGACAUACGAAAGAAGCACAAGGGAUUUCAUGAAUGGAAUAUUGUUGCAAGUCGUCAUGAUCAUCAAACCAUUCUUCAAAUCCUAAUUGAUGGAAGAAAUGCUGAUGCCUUGGACAUCGAAGGAAAAACUUUGCCUACUCUUGUAUAUUUGGCAAGAGAAAAGAGACCUCAGUACCACCAUAAUUUCAAAGCGGGAGCCAUGAAUGCACUGAUAAGGGUGUCAUCAAGGACAAGUAAUGCGCCAAUUAUCCUUAAUGUGGAUUGCGACAUGUAUUCAAAUAACUCAGAGGCUAUCAAAGAUGCUAUGUGCUUUUUUAUGGAUGAAGAGAAGGGACAUGAAAUUGCUUUUGUUCAGUAUCCACAGAGCUUUUACAACCUUUCUAAGAAUGAUCUCUAUAGCAGUUCCCUAAGAGUUAUAGUGGAGCUCGAGCUUCCAGGAUUUGAUGCAAAUGGAGGGCCUAGCUAUAUUGGUACUGGAUGCUUUCACAGAAGAGAGAGUCUUUGUGGAAAGAAGUAUAGCAAAGAAUUUAAGGAAGAAUGGAGGGGAGUGAACAAAAAGGUUGAAGAAAGUGCAAGUGUCUUGGAAGAAAGAUGCAAAGUCCUUGCAAGCUGCACAUAUGAACAGAAUACAGACUGGGGAAAUGAGAUUGGGUUGAAAUAUGGCUGUCCAUUAGAAGAUAUAAUCACAGGAUUAGCCAUACAUUGCAGAGGUUGGCAAUCCAUCUACUUUAAUCCCAUAAGGAAGGCAUUUCAAGGAGUUGCUCCGACGACACUGUUGCAAUACCUAAUACAGCAUAAGAGGUGGGCUGAAGGUGACUUGCAGAUUUUUCUCUCAAAAUAUUGUCCUCUUAUCUAUGGACGUAAGAGGGUCCCUCUAAAACUCCAGCUUUCAUACUGUCCCUACUUGCUGUGGGCUGUAAACUGGUUUGCUACAUUAUGCUAUGUUACAGUGCCAUCCCUUUGCCUACUUAAAGGCAUACCUGUGUUUCCAAAGAUGACAUGCCAUUGAAUCCUAUCAAUUGCAUAUGUCAUGGUUGCCAACUGUGCAUACAGCCUGGGAGAAUUUAUAUGGUGUGGAGGCACAAUACAAGGUUGGUUGAAUGAUCAAAGGAUGUGGAUGUUCAAAAGAACAACUUGCUACGUCUUCGCUUUCUUGGACACUAUUAUGAGGCUGUUUGGAUUUUCAGAGACAGCGUUUGUCAUCACUGAAAAGGUGGCUGAUGAGCAGAUAUCUCAGAGAUAUGAGCAAGAAGUCAUGGAGUUUGGCACUCCAUCAAUAAUGUUAACGAUUUUAGCAACACUUGCACUGCUCAACCUCUUCAGUUGCAUUGGGGGAAUAAAGAAGGUUGUGGAUGAUGUUCAAACAAAGGCUUUGGACCAAUUUGGUUUACAAAUACUUCUUUGCAGUCUUUUGGUCUUCUUAAACUUACCUAUAUACCAAGGGCUCUUCUUUCGGAAGGACAGUGGUAAAAUGCCUGCAUCUGUCACAUACCUGUCAAUUAUUUACGCUCUCUUAACCUGCACGGUAGCCGUGUACUAAGUUACUGUUAUCUCACUUGCUAAACAGCUUUCUUAUAACCAUGUAGGCAAGUUUAAAAAACCCAAAAGAUUUUAUGUAUGUAAUUGUCAAAUCUGUUGUAGUGUUCAAAUCCCAGUAAUUUCGAGUAUCAAAAAGAACGAAAUUUGAAAUCGAAAAAAAAAAAAUGGAAGAAACGCUGUGUGUUAAGAAUGUUUUAUAGUAGCAAAUUUUAUGGGAUUCAUCUCUUAAUCCCGCAUGGUGUUAUAUUUGAG